AUGAAUACUAUUACACCUAAUUUGACUGCUCUUGUUGGGAAGCUUGUUGGUGCUCGCCUUAUUGCCUAUGGUGGUAGCUUCCUCAAUCUUGUAAAGAUGCCAGGGAGUACUGGUAAAAUUUCUCGAUCACUUGCUGCAAAGACAGCAUUGGCGAUUAUGGAAGAUGCUCUUAGACAUGGUCAACAUAAUUCAAUAGGAUUGGAAAACAGAGCCAAGCUUGAAGCACGCCUAAGGAGUCUUGAAGGCAAUGAACUAGGUAGACUUGUCGGUUCAACUAAAGGAAAGCCAAAGAUAGAAAGCUAUGAUAAAGAUUGGAAGAAGGAAGUUGGAGGCUUCCUUCAUUUUCUAUCUCCUCACGGUGCGUCUAUGGAUAAAGAAAUGCAAGAGCUUCUUGUUGCUGAAGAAAAGAAAGAAAAGAAGAAAAAGAAGAAAGAGAGAAAUGGGGACGACGAUGCUGCUCUACAAGCUGAUGCUGGCAAGGAAUCAGAUUAA